GUGACAAGCCAGAGAAGAGGAGCAGAGGGUUAGGACUUGAAACUGUAGAAACAUCUCCAAGGAUCCUGUGUAUUGGCAAGAGCAGCCUGUGUUCUCCAUCAUAAGUCGGCCAUGGGGGACAGCAUGAGUAAAUCAUCCAUGCCCUUGCAGAAGUCCUCCUUCUUCCUGCCUGCCAAACACGUCAACGGCCCAUCCGGCGCCAACAGUGUCCCUCCUCGCCCGAGCAUCUUCUCCACGCUGAGACGACUUCCUGUCGCCAAACCUAAUGAUUUCAUACCUCUGUUCAGUGACUGCAUCGCUGCCGCCGCUUCCAGGACUCAGGAGUACCUGCUUUUCAAGGACCCCGAGGACAAGUUCCAACCCAGUCCCGAGGCGCUGACUCAGAUCUUUCUCAUGACCUACAUCUCCCAGAGUGUACACCUCAACAUGACAGACGUCUUCAACUGCACAGCCAUGACGCCCGGGCAGCGCGUCCUGCUGGGGGCCGACUGGGUGUGGGCCGUGUUGGAGAAGCCCACAAAGAACCCUCGCAUUCAGAUCGCUGUGCAAGUGCUUCACCCGCCCGACAAGGAGGGUGACAAAGAGGAAGACCAUAUCCCGGAGAGCUGCAACGAAUCCGUCCAGAUGGCCCAAAGGGAGUCCAACGACAGGAACAUGUAUGAGCGAAUGGUGGACUUCUGCACCUCAGUCGGCAAGGACUGCUACGCCCUCUUCUUGUUCUUGGGGAAGAAACACGACAAGGGAAACAUCUACGGCCUUCUCAGCAACAACUUUGAGGCGGCCAUCGAGAAGUGCGACAAGAUCGACCGAGCUCUUCUUGAGAACUUCUUCAAGGGCUCGCGCUACCUGUACACACCUUCUGGAAUGAUGCAGGCCAUCGUCACCAAGAAGGAGGGAGACCCUCUCACCCUCAUGAUUAAGUUCAGCUAGUCCACAACGAUAAGAAAUCACACAUCAAAUUAGUAACUCGCUUUUAGAAAAACAGAUUAACUACAACAUCGCGGUUUUAUCGUACGUCCAAACAUUGCCUACAAACGAGUCAUUUUGUACUUUUUGCUAUUGUUACAAAUACACGUCAGACUUUUCAUAGAGAAAUAUAGUCAUUUUGAAAUUUGACUUUCUGGUGUACCGUCAUUUCAUAUUUGAUUAUUAUUAGCAAUA